AUGUUGAAAGAGGAACAAAAUAUGGACACAACCACUAACAAACCAAAACUUUCAGAACUACGGUCACCGGAAAAAGAUGUGAUCUCUAAAAGGCAAAAAGUUACUAAACUACAAGAACAGCAAAAGCCAGAGACUAAAACUAAAUUAGAUCAAGCACUAAAUAUGGAAGACAUAAAAACUGCCUUAUUACCCAUUCAAGAGGCUCUGAAAGAAUUAACUAGCCAAAUACAAACGUUUGGAAACUCUUGCAACCAACUAAUUGAAAGAAUGGAAAAAUCUGAAGCUCGGAUUUCUGAAAAUGAAGACAAACUAAAUCUACUAGCAAAAAAAACAAGUAACUACUUUGUUGUCAGCCUGUCCUUUGCUGACAUCAUCAUAGCAUUAUAUCCCUAUCCAACGACACUGAUGGCCCUGAUUAAUGGAAAAUGGACACUGGGAGUUACUCACUGCAGAGUUAGUGCUUCUGUUCUGGCCAUAAGCUGUAUUGCAUCUGUUUACAAUAUAACAGCAAUUGCUUUUAAUAGGUACUGCUGUGUCUGCCACAGUCGUUUAUAUGACAGCAUUUACAGCAGAAAGAACACAUGCUAUAUCGUUUGCCUAGUAUGGAUACUGUCAGUCAUUACAUUAAUUCCAAUGUUAAUCUUAAACUUGCUUCAGUAUGAUCCAGUAGUCUAUUCCUGCACCUUUGUGCGACAUACUAAUGCAACUUAUACGUUCAUUCUUGAAGCGCUACACUUUGUAAUAACUACGUUUAUAGUAUUAUUCUGUUACAUAAAUAUCUGGAUACUAAUAAUAAAAAUCAAGUACAAGUUAAGACAAGACAGUAAAGAAAUGCUGAAGCCAAAUGAACUACGUCAGCUGUUUUUAAUGUUCUUAGUGCUUGCAAUGUUUUGUCUUUUCUGGGGACCAUACAGUGUGCUUGGCUUUGUGAUUGGUGUUAAUUCUAUAAAGGCAUACCAAGAAAUUUCUCGUUCAACAUUUGUUGUGUGCUACUACAUUGCUUGUAGUCAUAGCUGUGUGAAUGCAAUAGUUUAUGGAAUUUUCAACAAAAAUUUUCGUAAUGAAUAUAAAGAAAUUAUACUUUCACUGUGUGGACAGAGAUUCAUUUACAUCAAAACAUCAACAGCUACAACAGAGAGGCUAAAAAGCAUAUCUGCAGUUUCAAAAUGA